GUUACGUCAUCAACGAAGCAUUCCGCCCUUUCUCAUGUUUAGCUGCGCGAUACGGCACUCAGCAAUACUCACAGGCCUGUGCGAAUUUUCUUAUUAGUCGUGCUGCAACUGUUAAUUUGCAUUUGGGCAGAGCGUAUGGAAUUGCAGACUGACUUUUGCACCACCUGACUCCCGACUAACAUGGCCGAGAACCUGAAGAAGCGCCCUACCAAGGGCAUUUUGAAAUCGUCCACCAGCUUCGAGAAGCAGGAACAGGCGCAGCUAAAAGCAGCCAGCAGACAGAAAGAGACCAAGUGGGACGAGAUGAAUAUCAUGGCAACUCUGCAUCCCGCGGACAAAGACUACGGACACAUGAAGAUCGAAGAGCCAAAGACACCUUACAACUGGGCCAACGAGGAGUUGGAGUCGAUGGACGUGUCGGACGGUAAGGGCAUUGAUGCCAUGGCGUUGGCGGAGAAAAUUUCCACAGAGGCAAACCAACUACCAACGGUGUGCCAGGAGGAGGAGGAGGAAAGUGAAGAGGAGGAGGAGGAACUACCCCCUGAACAAAAGGCUCGGAAAAAUCACUUUGAGAGCAAAAGAAAAAUGCAUUAUAAUGAGUUCCAAGCGGUGAAAUUAGCGAGAAAAUUAAUGGAAGAGGAGGAUGACGAGGACGAAGAAGACGUUGCUGCGUCAAGUUCUACGUCUAACAAAGAUUCCGAGCAUGAGGAGGAGGAGGAGAAAGUGGAAAAAGAAGAGGCUGCCACAGCUGAAAAGGAGGAAAAGAAGCCCAGUGACGUGGAAUAAAAAUAGUCAUUUCACUGGCAGUAUGCACACAAAUGCGAACAAGUGAUACAAAAACAAUUAAGUGACACAGCUGGAGCCAAAUAAGGGCGAGAAUUUGGCUCAAAUCCUGUUAUCUGAUCUGGCUGGACUAAAUACGCCGAGUCUUGACUGUUUAAAUUUAAAUUAUUAUUUAAUUGAUCGAUCGCCAUUGCAAUAACAAAUAUUAUGACUCAUGUUGCUUGACAAAACGUAAUACAAGUAAUACUUAAUUAUGUCCUAGUCGUCGAUGUAUCCAAAUUGGCUGAGGGUGUGUGAACAAAAUCAUUCGAUUCCUAGGCAAUUGCAAAUUUCAGAUUAUUUAAAUGUUUUAGCAGAAAAUGUCCAUAUUUGGUGCGAAUAAAUACAAAAAUCCAACAGAAAUGAGAAACAAA